AUGACUGCGGGAAGCACUGUCAGUUCUGCAUCAGUAGAGGAUGGCCGUGCAGGCUUUGGGCCGCCGAUGACGGGCCUGGUGCCGCUCUUCACGAUGUUGGGUUUUUUGACCCUGGCGGCCUGGAACUUCUACUUGACCGCCGUGGGCUUCUUUGCCUUGUGGUUUCCCGGGUACCAGUGGGCCUUCGUCGCCUCCAUGACCUACCAGGCGAUGAAUGUGCUGGGGACCUCGACGAUGGUGAAGGUGGGACAGAAGGUGCCCUUCCGCGCGGCCUACCUCACGUCCUUGACCAUCCAGAUGGUGAUGAUUCUAAUGAUGCCCAUGUUGGCCUUCUGGUCCCCCAAGGAGGUUCAUGGCGAGGAGGUCAUCCCCUCGACCUGGGGCUUUGCGGCGGCUCUUUGUUGCUGCGCCGUGUUGGGCUUGGCGGAAAGUUGCUUCACGAGUUUGAUUUGUGGCCUCGCGGGCUCCAUGGGAGACCCGAAGCUCAUGGGGGCCAUCAUGACUGGACAAGGAAUUGUUGGAGUGGUCUGCCCGGUGCUCAUGCUGUCCUUGAAGUUCCUCUCGGGUGAUCCCAUGCAGUGGAAGUACCAGGUGGUCUUUGGAUUCUUCGGCUUCUGCGCUGCCAUGCAAGUGCUUGGCUUGUUCGUGGUGCGCUACGUCCCCACUUCACAUCAGGACCAUCGCUUGGCGGAAGCCACCAUGGUGGAUGUGGUCCGCUCCUUCACCUCGACGGCCUCCGCGAGAUCGAUCGACUCGGCACGGCUCCUCCGGACAGAGAGGAACCUGUCGGCCGUGCUCCAGGACGUGUGGCCGCAGCUGGUGAACAUCUGCAUGAUCUUCGUGGUGACCUUUGUCGUCUUCCCGGGCGUGGCGGCCUCCUGGGCGCCGCAGCUGGAGUUCUUUACCAGCAAAGGUCGUUUGGGCCAGGACUGGUACACCACGUUGGUGGUGGGCAUUUUUCAAAUCUUCGACGUCGUGGGGCGAUCGACUCCCAAGGCCCUUGAAAAGAUCGGGAUCUCGGCUUCGCGACUCUUCAUUCCCGUGUGGCUGCGCUGUCUCUUCAUCCCUGCGUUCAUGCUGCUGCAGAGGUACCCAGGCUCUCUGCCAGCCCCCUGGCAGGACUACCUCGCUUUCGCCACGAUGGCACUCUUUGCUGCCUCCAAUGGCUGGUGCAGCACACUGUCAAUGAUCUACGGGCCUCAGCAGGUGCAGCAUCCGGAUGAGCAGCAUCGGGCAGGAGUGAUCAUGGAGCUGGGCCUUAUUCUUGGCAUUUUUGCAGGCUCGGUUCUGGCGCUGUUGACGCAACUGGGCAAGUUUGGAGCAUGGCUGUUGAAGCUGGCGCCUCAGCGGGCUUGGUGGAAGGGCUUCCACCACACCGGAGCUCUACUGAGGCGCCUGGCGCCACGACCGGUCUAUUUCCUCUUGCCGGGAGCUGUGGCCAAGGCGGGUUCCGAUGACGGUGUGGUCUGUUCCGAUGUGGUCAUUUCUUUUCGGAUGACGGCCAUUUUCGCUGAGUUGAAGCCACAGCGCGGCCCGCCCACGGCGCUGAACGCGGCGACGUGUGCCUGGCCUCUCUACAUCGAACUGUGCAGCGAUGUGGUCCUCUUGGACUCGGAGCGAUGGCAGAAGUCCCCCUGGGCCCGGCCCGGACGGUGGAGUCGGCAUCGAACGGAGCGGAAGGUCCCCGGUCCUAUCCCCCUUUUUCGGCCCCAAUGGAACGGACGUGCCAACCUUCGGACGGUGCUGCGAGGAACAGGGAAGCUGGUCAAGCGCUGAUGUGACAGGGCAGAAGCUCGCUUUGCCCACUGGUUCUGAACACUGAACGUCAAACUCCCGGCACUGACAUGUCUAAGAGAGAUGCGCAACAUUGCGCAACGGUGUUCGGACGUUUUCUCCCAAUAUGUACGAUACCGUACUUUUGGACUAUAAGGUCGCACGUCAUGGUGGACAUUCAUUAUGGAUGCCAUGGACUUGAAGUACUCGUGAAUCUGAAGAUUCCUUCAUUUCGGGAAUCCAGCUGGACCAGCUGGCGCACUUCUUUCAGCUUGUAAAGUCUGUUGGCCUCCCCCAAAAGGACUUCCCUGAUCUGAGGAAGUCCUCAUCUUCAUACACUGUGUUUGUUUGUAUCUUCAUUUGUUUGCCGCUGAACAGAUGCCCUGAUGCCCCCCUACGCUGGUUGGAAGGAGUCCUCACCCUUGUGCUAUCACAGACACGUUUCUUCAACGGAUUUUUGUCACACACGUUGUUCUCCAAGUGGAGAAUUCCAAACCUGCCAGACCUCAGAGAAGAUAGAGAAGUCUUUUGCCAGUUGAUCAGAACUGAGUCGGGGCGGGACACACCCCCGCCGUUCUUUGGAGAGUCCAGAUGCCCUCUGGCAGACCCGGAUGGAUGCUCUCUUGGCUGUGUGGGCAAAGACUCCCAUCUAUGUGCUACCCG